AUGAUUGACAGAUUGCAGGAGGUGGUUGACUCGCAAGAUCUGGAACAACUGAAGACACUGCGGCCUUGGGCAGAAAGAGCCCAGCUCGCAGACCACCCAGAGGGCGCAGAGCUUGUGCAGCGCAUGGACAAGCUCAGCAGUGCGACUGCGGCUUUGCAAUCCGCACUCGACGUCGGAACUGGACCUGCUUUCAGGGAAGCGCUGUGGAAGUCGGAGGAGGCUGUUCUGGAUCCAGCUCGCUGUGAAAUGCUUCAGAGAGUGGAAGCUGCCUAUGGGCCGAUCCGCUCCCGCAACCUGGGACGCUGGGCGGUCCUGGCUGCACGCACAAACGGUGCCAAGGAGUGCCUCCAGGAAGCGCUUGUCGUCGCCCAGCGAUCUGGUAUCAGCACGGAGACUGUUUCUCGGUCUUUGGAGACGGCAGUCAGCGCCAGAGACAUGCUCUCCCAGAUCGCGCAACUGACAGUUGCCAGCAGGGAGGACGACGUCUCGAAGCUGGAGUCUGCGAUCCAAAGCACAAAGCAGGAUGCGAAAACCGGCCGGCGCCGAUCCAUAGAAAAACUGCUGGCGGAGGUCCGGAUGGAGGCUCUGGAAAGAUUAUUCGACAGCAAGCAGAAAGCCAAGGUGCUGGAUGAGAUCAAGGCGACUGCGGCCAAGCGUGCAACACAGGUCUUGCAGGAGCUGCCUAAGAAGAUUCAAGAUGCCGGAAAGCUGAGGAUGUCAGGCGACGUGAAAGAGGCCACGCGGUUGUACAAGAAGGCGCUGCUCGAAAAGGAGAUCCGAAGUGCCAUGGUCCUCUCGGAUGGCCAUGCGCUGCAGACGGCAAUUUCCAAAGCAGGCUCUUCCGCGCACGUAGACAGUUUGGAUCCGAAGCUCUUGGAAUCUGCUCGCGCCGCUUUGCGGGAAAUGACUCUGCUGGAGCAAGCGCGCGAGUGUGUCAAGAGCAACGAUACCUGGGCUGAGUUGGAUGCAGCCUUUACGAAGCUGAUACAGGAGAACUUUCCAGAGGGUCUGCGCUCUCAGAGCACGCUGGGCCGCGCACAGGCACAGAUAAAGACCAUGCGGGAGAAGCUGGUCGAGCUGGAGGAGCUGAUCAAGCAGCCCAUCUCCUUCGAGAACAGUUCCAGCCUGCUGCAAGAGAGUGGAAUGAGACAGCUGCGACUGGUGCUGGACAUUCUUCGUCCACAUCCCUAUUUCGCGGUGGUCAUUGAAUAUUCAUCUUCGCACAUGGCUGGUGAGCGCAUGAAGAUGGUUCAAGACUUGCUGCGGAAGAGCUGCAGGAACCAGUUGACCCCGAAGCAGACAGCGGAGAAGAACAGGCAGGUGAAGCUAUUGUGUGAUGUGGAGAAGUGCAACCCAGAGAUCAAGGCAGCUCUCUUAAAACUGCUUGCUCAGGUGCAUCAUCUAGCAGGAUGGUUGGCACGGUGGACUAGGUCGUUAAACGAUGCAACUUGCAUUGCUGUCGGUUUGUCGAGUCCGUGA